AUGCACUGCGACCCGUCAUACGAGGCCAGAAAACUCAAGAAGAACUACCAGCACACCCUGGCCUUUGUGUUUGCAGUGGAAGAGCUCAACAAGGACUUUCAUCUCUUUCCCAAUGUCUCCUUGGGAUUCCAGCUCUAUGAGGAUGGUCACAACAUGAGAAAGAACCAUGAGGCCACUGUUAGCAUUUUAUCUGAGAGGAACUGGACUCCUUCCGUGCUCCCCCUGCCUCCCAGCGCAUAUGAUCUUUAUUACUCCUACGGGAGGCCAUCUUAUGACAGCCUGGUCAGCAAAAGUCCAAAGGAUAAAACCAUCCCCAACUAUCAUUGCCAUGGGCAGAGCAAGCUGGCAGCCGUCAUUGGGGCUCUGACAUCCGAGUCUACCACUGAGAUGAGCAACAUGUUGCAGAGCUCCAAGGUACCUCAGAUCUGUUAUGGCUCGUCUGAUCCCAUCCUGAGUGAUAAGGUCCAGUUUCCUUUUCUGUAUCGGACAGUCCCCAGUGACCUGGCUCAGUUCACCGGGAUCAUCAAGCUGAUCCUUUACUUCCGCUGGACGUGGAUUGGAGUAGUUUUUACAGGUGACGAUAAUGGCGAGAAGUUCCUCCAGGCCAUGGAAGGUGAAAUGCAGAGAAAUGGAGUUUGCGCUGAAUUCAUCUUAAAGAUGUACAGCAUGAAGAACCUGGCUAUUAAAACCAUUCAUAAGAUGGAAGAUGCCCUCACAAAGUCCUCGGCCAAUGUGACUUUAUUUUACGGCAGCACCAGUCACUUCUUUCAUUUACAAGUUCUGAGCCGAAAUCUUGAAACGAGAGGCAAGAUCUGGAUCAUCACAGCCCAGUGGGAUUUUACUGCAGGUCCCCGGCCAGACAAACCAGACUCAAAUCCAUUCCAGGGCGCCUUGUCCUUUGCAGUUCAUAAGGCGGAAAUCCCAGAAUUUCAAGACUUCCUUCGGUCUGUGAACCCUAAAAAAUAUCCAAAUGAUAUUUUGAUGAAGCAUUUCUGGGGUUUUGCCUUUGACUGUGUGAUGCCUCCUCCCUACUCAAUCCCAAUUUAUGGGAAAAGAAAAUGCACUGAAAGGGAACGACUGGACAGCCUGCCUGUUUCAGAUUUUGAUAUGAACACCGUGUGGCAGAGCUACAGCAUUUACAAUGCGGUCUAUGCACUCCACACAUUUCUGAAGAUGGUCAGAUUCAAUAACAGUGCUGGAGAGGAGGUUUAUUUUGAUGAGAAUGGAGACUCCACAGCUACUUAUGAUAUUUUCAAUUGGAUCGUGCUCCCUAACAUCUCCCUGGUUAGUGUGAAAGUUGGAGGAGUGAAGCACCGUGGCCAAGACUUCUUCUUUGAUGAUGCUAAGGUUGUCUGGAAGGAACGAUUAGGGCAGCAUCCACGCUCCAUCUGCAGUGAGAGCUGCCUCCCUGGAUUUAGAAAAGUGGCGGAAAAGGGAAGGCCCAGCUGCUGCUUCAAAUGUGUCCGGUGCCUACCUGGCCAGAUCUCCAACCAAAUUGAUAUGGACCGCUGUGAGACAUGCAAAGAGGACUACUAUCCAAAUGAAGCCAGAAACAAGUGUGUUCCCAAAAACCUAAGUUUCCUGUCCUAUGACGAGCCCCUGGGGAUUGCUUUAGCUUCCUCUGCUUUUUCUUUCUCGUUCUUGGCUAUAUUUUUGCUCGGAACCUUUAUUAAACACCGAGACUCUCCCAUAGUCAAAGCCAACAACCGAGAUCUCAGCUACAUCCUCCUCUCCUCCCUAAUGCUCUGCUUCCUCUGCUCCUUGCUCUUCAUUGGCCGGCCAAGGAUGGAGACUUGCCUUCUCCGGCAGACAGCCUUUGGCCUCAUCUUCUCAGUCUCUCUUGCUACGGUCUUGGCCAAAACCAUCACUGUGGUUCUGGCCUUCAAUGCCACAAAGCCGGGGAACAGAAUGCGGAAAUGGCUGAGACCCAGAGCUGCCCAUGGCUUUGUGCUGCUCUGUUCUCUCAUCCAGGCUGGGAUCUGCGUGGUCUGGCUGGGAACCUCUCCCCCAUUCCCAGAUUUUGAUACCCGCUCGGAGCCUGGGUACAUUAUCCUUGAGUGCAACGAGGGCUCCGUCACUGCCUUCUACUGCAUCCUAGCUUACAUGGGUCUCUUGGCUUUGGUGAGCUUCACGGUGGCCUUCCUGGCCAGGAAGCUGCCUGACAGCUUCAAUGAAGCCAAGUUCAUCACCUUCAGUAUGCUGGUUUUCUGCAGCGUCUGGGCGUCCUUCAUCCCAAGCUACCUGAGCACCAAAGGGAAAUAUAUGGUGGCUGUGGAGAUCUUCUCUAUUUUGGCCUCCAGUGCUGGGUUACUAGGCUGCAUCUUCUUCCCCAAGUGUUAUAUUAUUCUGCUGCGGCCAGAUCAGAACAGCCGGGAGCAUUUCACUCGGAAAUUAAACUCUGGAGUCCAACAGCUUUAAAUCUGGAGACUGAAAUACUGCAUGUUGUGUGGUUGAUUGCCAGAAUUCGGAUAUCUGAAGAUACGGCACGCCAGUCUCUCUUCCUUUUUUAUCUCAUUAGCAAGUGUGUUUUCACU